UGCCGGGGAGUCGAGGCCUCGGAUCCCCAGCCGCUGCGGCUUCUGAGGAAAGUGAGGCCGGGCUGCGAGAGGCCGCGCCAUGGCCUCCGUGCUGUCCUACGAGAGCCUGGUCCACGCCGUGGCCGGGGCCGUGGGAAGUGUGACUGCAAUGACCGUGUUUUUUCCUUUGGAUACAGCUCGUCUCAGGCUUCAGGUUGAUGAGAAAAGAAAGUCAAAAACUACACACAUGGUGCUCCUGGAGAUCAUUAAAGAAGAAGGCCUCUUGGCUCCAUAUCGAGGGUGGUUUCCAGUUAUUUCCAGUCUCUGCUGCUCCAAUUUUGUCUAUUUCUACACUUUUAAUAGCCUCAAAGCAGUCUGGGUCAAAGGUCAACGUUCUACCACUGGAAAAGAUCUGGUAGUUGGAUUUGUUGCAGGAGUGGUGAAUGUGUUGCUAACGACUCCACUCUGGGUGGUAAACACGAGACUGAAGCUUCAAGGAGCAAAAUUUCGGAAUGAAGACAUUAUACCCACUAACUACAAAGGCAUUAUUGAUGCUUUUCACCAGAUCACCCGAGAUGAAGGAAUCUUGGCCUUAUGGAAUGGCACACUUCCCUCCUUGCUGCUGGUCUUCAAUCCUGCCAUCCAGUUCAUGUUCUAUGAAGGCUUAAAGCGGCAGCUUUUAAAGAAACGAAUGAAGCUUUCAUCUUUGGAUGUGUUCAUCAUCGGUGCAAUAGCCAAAGCAAUUGCCACUACAGUCACUUAUCCCAUGCAGACAGUACAGUCGAUUCUGAGGUUUGGACGUCAUAAACUAAAUCCAGAAAACAGAACACUGGGGAGUCUUCGGAAUGUUCUCUAUCUUCUUCACCAGCGAGUCAAGCGCUUUGGAAUCAUGGGACUCUACAAAGGCCUGGAAGCCAAGUUGCUCCAGACAGUCCUCACUGCGGCCCUCAUGUUCCUUGUCUAUGAGAAGCUGACUGCUGCCACCUUCACUGUCAUGGGGCUGAAGAGCGCACACAAGCGCUGAGACCCCAUCUCAACCCCAGCCAAGAGCAGAGAAAGAGAUGGCCUUAGGGAAGAGACGCCAUUUCCCUUCACUCUGGCUGCUUCCAUCAUACAAUUUACCUUCGUGACUGGAACAGCAUUGAAGGCAGGAAGUAUAGCCAGCUAGGCCUCUUGCCAACUUAAUUUUUGUGAUGGCUGGUUGGAUUUUAGGGUGCAGGUUGGACUAAUAUGAAGAGGAACCAUUGAAAACUUGAAAAUGAAAUUUUGUGGGGCUUAUUGAUUUUUCUAAUGAGGAAUGGACUCUCUGUGUUUAAUCUUUUCCAUCUAAAGUUUUUCUUAAUUUUCUAGCUGUUCUCUUCCCCUGAACUCUUUCCCAAAUUUUAGGACAAAUUCAGUAACAUAGUUCUCAGAUACUUUUUAUUUCCUAAUCUUGGUAUUUUCCUCACAAAAAAAAACUAUCAUGACUGUGCCAUGGGCAUGACUUUUAUUUUUAUGAGGCUUUGUUCCUCCUGCUUAAAUAGAGUUAAGUGAGCUAUUUAUUUUAUGGGGAAAAUGAAAGCUAUUAAUCCCAAGUGAUUAUCUUACAAAUGAUUUGUAAAUGUCACUUAUUCAUUAGUGUUUGACAUAACAUCUAAAAAAAUUAUUUCAAAUCAAGUCUUUCAUUACAAAAGGCUUGGAGUUUUAUGUUCAUCUAUAUGAGCUCUUAUCAGUCACGCUCCAAUAAAUUGUCAGUACGAAAAAUGUUA